AUGCGAGAUGUACUCCACUUGGACGGCCAUCAUCAAAUUCGCUCCAUGUGUCACUUCAUCGCUUUCAACAUAUGCAUAGGAUUCUUUGGCUAUUAUAUUUGGCUCAUAUUUCCACGACCUGUACCCAACGACAACAUUCGGCCAGCCCAGCACGGUUCGACCAAUAAGAAGCGAAAGAAUAGGCAAGGUAAACAGUUGGACGUUCCCGAAUCAGAUCGCUUAGACGACCUCUCUUCCUCGUCGGAUCUUCCUGAACAGCUGACCACAAACUGA